CGCGUAUUAUAGUCGCAGAGUGGCGCAACAGUAGCGAUAAUGUCGCCUCCUGAUAUUGAAAGGGUAUUUGCAGUAACAUUGACAUUAUUGAUGAUCUUAGACUCGACUGUCUACGGGUUUUCAUUACAUCGGCCCAGGGACAGAAGCGAACAAUUACCGGCCGUAGACCUCAUAGCUGACGAAAGUACUUUACUGGAAGUAAAAAAUGAACUGAAAAGACCCAACGAUAUUAAAUCAUUUGAACGAAAUAAAGAAGGUGGAAACUCAGAGAAAAACAUAGCUGUUGAAAAAGUUAAAGGUAAUUUCGAAAAAUUACCUACUUCAGAUCACCUAAGAGAAAUAUUUAAUGCAUCAAAAGAAAAUACUACGACUACGCUUGUGCAUGAUGAAUUAUUAACUAGAUACAAUGAACAUUAUCCACCUUUAUCUCCAACAACGAAUAGCAGUACGACACCGGUACAAUUUACAGAGGUGCGUCAUAACCAUAACAUGGUUACAUUAAAAUCAACUGAACACGCCUUAACAGCGCCGAUCAACGAAAGUCGCAGUGCAUCCGAAAUAAUUUCUACCACUAAUAGCUCGGACUUUUAUGAUGUAACAACAGCGGUCCAGGAAAGUCACGAUACAACAACAUUAGCUAGUCUCACUAAUGCAUUUACUGUAUCAAAAGAUCUGAUCCAGGAUAUCAAUGAAUUAAGCUCAACUGUUGAUAUGCAACCGUUCACGAGUGACUACGUGUUAACCAAUGACGCUCCCAAUGUAGAAGAUACAACUUUUUUUUUAAAUAAAGCCGAUGAGCAUAUUACUUUUAAUGAUGAAACAAAAUUGCCAAGCACUGCGCGACCAACGAAAGAUUAUGUGACAAUCGUUACGCAUAAAGUGCCAUCCAGCGCAUUGACUAGUGAUGGAAGUAUAUCAAUUUCUAAACAAAAUAGAGAAGGAAACAAUAUAAAAUUGGGAGCCGUUCUGAUUGAAAUACCUACAGUUUCAACGGAACGAUUAAAAGAUUUAGUUUUAAGUACUAAUGAAAAAUCGAAAAAUGAAUCUCAUAGUAGCUAUGAAAUAAUUACGGGAAUAAGUUCGAUAAAGCCUGAAACGAGGGUGGGCAUGGUAUCGUCGAUGCGAGCCGGAUAUUUAGACUACUCUGGAAAGACUGCAGUUCCUCAGUCCACUACAACCGAACACUUACAUGAUAAAUUAGAAUUUGUUGAAGACCAACCCAAAGAGACGGAAAACAAGAAUAUUAGUUUAACAGAGUCAGUAGGUCAAAUGUCAGAAGAUCUUAUCAAUGAGCAACUAUUGAAAGAAGAAGUAAUAAAAGACAACGCGGAAAAUGCUGAUAGGAAUCACGAUAUCCCAUCGCCGCAUGAAGGAGUCAAGCCACUUGCUGCGCAGGCAAGUACUACAAUGGACACUCCAAGAAAUGAAACAAACAAAGAACAAGCAAACGAAGACUUAAACAUUCAACCAAUCAUACACGAGCCCAUUAAGAACGCUGACUUAUAUACAGUAAGUCCAAAUUAUAAACCAAUGAAGAGGUUGGAAGUGCAACCAGCUAAGCCGUUCGUUCGAGAUCCAGAUGACAAUAGCUGGAGAAAUGAGAGUAUAAGUUCACUGGGAAUCGUAUUCAAACCAAAAAACGCGUCUAAAUCGUUUACGCAAGUUUUGAGAAACAAAACCGAAACCAUACUUAACAGUCUUGGAGAAAGGGACAGUAAAGGUGGCAUACCAGAUUUGAGAGAGAGAUUAGAAAAAAUUGCUGAAGUGAGAAAAUCUAAGAAGAAGAGAAUCAAUAAAUUCGGGGAUACAGUCUACAGUGAUUACGAAGAAAAAGACAACUCUAAUGAAGCUGGCAAUAAGUCGAAAAUUCAAAUCUCAAAUGGACCAACUUCCACUCCAAGCACAACCAUGCAAAAGCCCGAUGAGAAAAGAAAUUUUAAUGUAGAUGUUAAUCCACACCAAGGUACCGUUGAUUCUAACACAGACAAGCCAAAAACCUACAAUGUUGCUGAAUACUACGACACAACAGAUGAGUACGACGCAGAGUACCUUACGUUGACAAAAAUGGACAUAAAGAAACAUCCUCAUCCAGUUAAAGAGACAUACACUUCCACACCCGUCACAUUUACAUCAGGCUACUACUUUCCGGAUCGAAGGCCGACCAUUCAGUUCUUCCCACCCCGUGUUGCACCGACAACUAAUGAUCACAACGUAUUCCAUAGCAAAGUAAAUUCCUUGACGGUUAAAGACACAGAGAGCGACGGCCCGUCAAGAACACUGCUCGCGACACCAGAAGCUAAAAAAGAGAGUGUAAUCAAACCAACUGGUUUCCCAAGAUACAAAGCAGAGAACUUUAACACAAAUCUAUAUCUCACCGAAUCGGGACCGGUACCGCAACAGCAUGCCGAAUUUGACGGUAGCGACGGUCAUUUCAACAGAGCGUCCUAUGUUGUCAAGCAUUACGGCGAUUUUAUCAACGAAGCGGCCAGAGGCGAUGACGACAGGCAAGAUUACGCAAUGCUCACCGAAGCGCCGGUCCGCGGGGUCACUGCUCACGAGUUGGCGAAAUUGACGACCGACAAACGACAACCGCCGAGCCUGGACGACGACUACGACUCGCAGUUCCGCAGAGACGUGCUGAACAGGUUCGUUGCUAACUUCAACCAGAACAGCGAGCGAUUUAAGGUUGAUUUCCCUGUUAUCUACAAUAGUAGCGUCGUUCACAAGAAGAUAGAGGAUAAUAGCAAAGUAUUGGCGUCGUCGACUGCUUUUAUGAAAAGAUUGUACAAUGACAUAGCGGCUACCAAGCCGGAUUCCGUUUUGGAGAACAAGCCCUGCGAUCCGCACUGUGAGAAUGUCACCGUGGAACUGUCGCCGGCUUACGAACUGCAUUAUUAUGUUCCUGACGAAGAAGAGAAACAGCCAGUAGAGGCCAAACCUUCUGCAGUCCCUUACAGAUUUAGGAUAUGAAAUUAUGCUGAAAAGUUGAGCGCAAUAGGUGGUAAAGGCAAGUUUACGCAAUCUGUUAACGAACAAGCGUACAGCGAACCGCACGUUAAUAUUCAUGCAAAAUCAACGACACGGAAAGGCAUAAGUUAUUUAUUUUCUAAUAAAAUGUCGUUCACAUUUCUAACUUUUACUUAUCUCGUACUAUGCCUGCAUGUAUUUGUACCGAUCAGU